AUGGGAAAUGAUAAAAACAGACGUAAGAACUCCCAUUCUGGUGGUGGUGCUAAUGAAUCUAGUCCCCGACGUAAUGAUAAGAAAGGAGGAAAUAGAGCCAAGGGAAGAAACAACCAUAGCGACAAUGAAGGAACGCAAAAUAAAGGUAGGGUACCCCAAGAAUUCUUAGAAUGUCGCAUUUGCGAGGGUAAAUAUCAUUGGGAAUCGGAUUGUCGCAAGAAUCCUGCCGGAGAGGGAAAGAGAGGUAGGGAUUCGGCUGAGUGUAGAGAGUGUGGGGGAAAUCAUUGGGAAGAUCAGUGUCGGAGUUGGAAAUCGAGGAAUGGAGGGAGUGAAAAUGGGAAUCAUAAGAAAGGUAAUACACAAGGAGACUCAACCUCAAGCUCAGAUUCGGAUGCAGGGAAAUGUUCCGCGCCUACUGGAGAGGACAUCACACAGUUUUUCCCGAAUGGGAAAUUUCCUAAUCGGCCUUGUAGGAAAUGUAAAGAGUCGGGUCAUUGGAAUAAUGCUUGUGAGAAAGAGGGGUUUCAUCCGGUUAGUAAUCCGAAUCCGGGUGCGAAGGGUGGGAGGAGAGUCAGUUUGCAAGAUGAGCAAGGAAAUGGACAAGUUAAUUCGGGAUAUAAUCAAUAUCAGGCUCCUCCUGGAACACCAGUUAGGACGGCUAGUUAUACCGAGGUUCCGCCUGUGAGCUUUGGACAUGCGGAACAGCGUUUUGAUUCGGAGAUGGAGAUGGAGUUUGAGUAUGCGGAACCGCAGUAUUCUCAGACACAAAAUCCGUAUCCAAACCCACCCCAACACUCCACCCGCGAACCCGAUACCCCCGACUACCAUCCCCAAUCUUCCCAUCCCCAACCCUAUCUCACUCACCCCGCCACUCCCAAUCCAAACCAUCCCUCCCACCCCGACUCCUCUUUCUACCAAGCCCGCUACCGCUCUUCCCUCUGCACACUCUGUCGUUCCCCCGGCCACAAAUCCCACGAUUGUACUCUCUACCGCUGGUUACUCCCGCGCACCCAUUCCGAGUGGCGCCCUCAUCCUGAUUUGCAUCAUCCAUCUAAUACCCUCUAUCCCCGUCCAAACGGCUAUUGGAAAGGCGACCCGAUGAAAAUUCCCAGUCGAAAUACGUAUAUCUUCCCGCAUCCGGAAAAUGUAAUGCAAGGGAGAUAUUGGGGGGAGAAUGAGUGGGAUGUUGGGGGGAAGGAUGUUUGGGUGGGGGAGGAUGAUAGGGAGGGGAUGGGUGGGAGGUGGGGAAUGGCGCCGGGGGGGUGUGGGGGAGAGGAGAGUGGAGGCAUGUGUAGGUUUGAUGGGGAGGGAGAUUUGGUUAUGGUGGAUAUUUUGGAUUUGGAGGGGAGGAGGUGGAAGGUUAAGCAAGUGAGGGAAGAGAGGGAGAGGGAGAGGAGGGGAUUUGGGGGGUUUGGGGGGUGA